AAUGACACAUGCACGUUGCAUGUGUUGAUACGCACACACAUAUACACGUUCUUUUAUCGGAAAUAUUCUUGACUUUGACAAUUCGACAGUAUUUUUAUGUUUACAAAUUCCGUGCGUUUGACGUUGUUUGUUUGCUUCGUUUUUUCGUUGUUCAACCUAAUUUUCCCAAAAUCAAAUUAGCAGAGAAAAAGCUAAAAGAAAGAAAAUGGAUGUUGCAAAUGGUGAUGAAAAUCAACCUUCGAAUGCGACGGAUGUCCAGCAAUCAGCCGUAAUUGAUAAAACCGUACAGCAAAUGACACAUGGAUUCGUAGCUCUGUUUGAAAAGGAACUCGAUCAGGUGCAAUACAGUCUGAAGGAAGCGCUGUCAAAGCAGGAAAAAAUGGGCGUUGAAUUGGAGCGGAUGAAUGCUGAACAUACGAUGGAAAGCCGUCAAGAUUGUCAAGAAUUGUUCUACAUGGUGAGAGAGUUGACAGACAAGUUACAUUUGAUCAAAAAGCGAAUGCUGAACAUGCAUCAACGUGUCAAGCACCUGAAGAAACGUUCCGAAAGUCUAUUGAAACAUCGCGACAGAGAAAUCAACAUUCUACGACAGAAGCAACUGCAAGAGGAAGACCUCAUUGCAAAACCAGUCCAAACUAACCCACAGUGAUCAUCGAUUUCGAUUCAAAAUUAAAAUAAAGCAAUACAUAUUUCGUAUAUUUGUUAAAUAAACACAUUCAAUUAGUGGAAA